AUGGGCGACUGGGAGCUGCUCCUGCCCGGGGAGGCUGAUGUUCUGAUUCGGGGUCUGCGCAGCUUCCAGCUACUGGAGAUGGGCUCUGAAGGGUGGAGCCGGCAACAUGAGCACCUGGAGAAGCUGAACAUGCAAGCCAUCCUCGAUGCCACGGUCAGCCAGGGAGAGCCCAUCCAGGAGCUGCUGGCCACUCACGGGAAGAUCCCUACAUUGGUGGAAGAACUGAUUGCAGUGGAGAUGUGGAAGCAGAAGGUGUUCCCUGUGCUGUGCAAGCUGGAGGACUUCAAGCCCCAGAACACGUUCCCUAUAUACAUGGUGAUACACCAUGAGGCCUCUAUCAUUAACCUCCUAGAGACAGUGUUCUUCUACAAGGAGGUGUGUGAGUCAGCAGAGGACACUGUGUUGGACCUGGUGGACUACUGCCACCGCAAACUGACCCUGCUGGUGGCCCGCACUAGCCAUGGUAGCACCCCCUCUGAAGAAGAGGGAUCCCAGGAUAUUACCCCGAUGCAGGAACUGCAGAAACAGGCAGAGCUGAUGGAAUUUGAGAUUUCCCUGAAAGCCCUCUCAGUGCUGCGCUAUAUCACAGACUGUGUGGACAGCCUUUCCUUGAACGCCUUGAACCGCAUGCUCAGCACUCACAAUCUGCCCUGCCUCCUGGUGGAACUGCUACAACACAGUCCCUGGACCCGGCAGGAAGGAGGCAAGCUACAACGAUUUGAGAGUGGCCGUUGGCAGACAGUGGUUCCCUCAGAGCAGCAAAAGUUGAGCAAGCUGGAUGGGCAAGUGUGGAUCGCUCUGUAUAACCUGCUGCUAAGCCCUGAGGCCCGGGCCCGCUAUUGCUUCACUAGCUUCGCUAAGGGACAGCUGCUUAAGCUUCAGGCCUUCCUCACGGACACACUACUUGACCAGUUGCCCAACCUGGCAGACCUCAAGGAUUUCCUGGCCCACCUGGCAUUGGCAGAAACCCAGACCCCUAAGAAGGACCUGGUGUUGGAACAGAUCCCAGAAAUCUGGGAACGACUGGAACGAGAGAACAGAGGCAAGUGGCAGGCCAUUGCCAAGCACCAGCUUCAGAAUGUGUUCAGCCCCUCUGAGCAGGACCUCCGGCUGCAGGCACGAAGGUGGGCUGAGACCUACAGGCUAGACUUGCUAGAGGCAGUGGCUCCGGAAAGGCCUCGCUGCGCCUCCUGCAAUUCAGAGGCCUCGAAGCGCUGCUCAAGAUGCCAGAAUGAGUGGUACUGCUGCAGGGAGUGCCAAGUCAAGCACUGGGAGAAGCAUAAAAAGGCCUGUGUCCUGGCUGCCCAGGGUGACAGAGCCAAGUGA